AUGGGAAAUAUCAUCGCGAAAUGUACAGAUUUCAAUCUUUCAUCACGACAAAGUGCGCGAGAGAUUGAAUCAAAGCUGAAAGCGCUUCGAGAGGAGAAUUCGUUGAUUGCCAGUCUAGAAUUUACGCCGCUAAACGAUUCGAAUCAAAAAGCUUUACUCCGGCCAAUUGGUUUUAAUGCCAUAUAUUUCUUUUGGAGAAAUUUCGAAGAAAAAUAUUGUUUUUCAACGAAAAUUGGAGUUUACCAA